AUGAUUGAAGAGCUUCUGGCAAGGCUUUCGCUGGGCCAGGCAUUUCUGAUUGCCAUUGGCCUGGGCUUUGCCGUUCUGUCCUUCAUUAACUUUAGAAUCGACUGGAGGAUACGAAGACUAGGUCCACAGGCGCCACGCAUACGGACAUAUCUACCCUUGAGUCUGGACUUUAUAUACCAAGCAUUGAAAGCUGCCAAAAGUAAAAGAGAUCUUCAAUUUUGGGAGGAACAGCGGCCACGCGUUGCGUAUACCGGGCCCGGGCUCCCAUCCACGAUGGAAAUCAAAUUUCAUUAUUUCGCCCGCAGCGUUUUCACGAUCGACCCAGAGAACAUCAAGGCCGUCCUUACUGGCCAAUUCGCUGACUAUGGCAAGGGUGAACGCUUUCAUGAAGAGUGGAAGGAAUUUCUGGGAGACAGUAUCUUUGCCACCGACGGCGAGAUGUGGCAUAAGUCUAGGCAAUUGAUCCGGCCCAUGUUCGCCAGAGAUCGAAUCGUCGAUACCGAAAUUUUCGAGAAGCAUAUUCACAAGCUAAUCCCGUUAUUGGCUGGUGGCGCGAACCGUGAUGGCUCGACUACGGUGGAUAUUGGACCGUUGUUCUUCCACUUUACUCUGGAUGCAGCGACCGAUUAUCUUAUGGGCCAAAGUGUUGACAGCUUGGACAACCCGAAGACUGUAUUCGCCGAAUCGUUCCAAUACGUGCUCCAUCGCCAGGCUGUUCUAUUUAGAGCCGGGCCGCUAAAUACGUUUAUGUCACGCAAACUGUUCCGUGAGAACUUGAAAAAGAUGGACACUUUCAUCCAGCAGUAUAUUCAACAAGUUCUUGCACUCUCACCUGAAGAACUAGACCACAAACUUUCCAAGAAGGAUACCUUCCUUCACGCCCUUGCCCGCUUUACCCGCGAUCCCGUUGUUCUUCGUGACCAGCUCGUGGCCAUCUUACUGGCUGGCCGUGACACAACCGCCGCCACUCUCGCUUUCUGUAUUUUCGAACUGUCCCGCCACCCUGCUGUUGUCGAGAAACUCCACGCAGAAAUCGACACUGUCUGCGGCAAGCGGAAGCCGACGUAUGCUGAACUCAAGGAGAUGAAAUACCUCAAUUCCGUCCUCAAUGAAACCAUGCGUCUCUACCCUGUCGUGCCGUUUAACGUCCGCCACGCCAUCGUCGACACUACCCUUCCACGUGGCGGAGGACCAGAUGGCCUCUCGCCUGUCGGCGUCCCGGCCAACACUCGCAUCCUGUACUCGACCAUGUCAAUGCAACGCCGCCGCGAGCUGUACCCGCAGCCGCCCGCGCCAGGCGAGAAGCCGACCACACCGUAUUUCGACCCUCACGAGUUCCAUCCGGAGCGCUGGUCGUCAUGGCAGCCGAAACCGUGGCAUUUUAUUCCGUUCAAUGGCGGGCCGAGAAUCUGUCUGGGCCAGCAGUUUGCCACUAUUGAAAUGGGGUAUACUGUCACGAGGAUUCUGCAACACUUUGACAAGAUCGUAGCUGUGGGGGCACCGAAGCCCGGGGUAGACCCGGACUUCAAGUUUGAUGUGACCUUGAGUCCGGGACAGAGACUUGACUGUAUUUUCGUGAAGAAGGACUGA